UCGGACCUCACGAGCGAUCGCGCACACCAGCCACUGCCUACGGAUGAUGGAGGAGCGGAUCUGAUCUAAUCUGAUCUUCGGACAAUCAUGCUGCUCGUUCACACUCGCUGUUCCUUCGAAACUUCCAGAAAGUCCGACUGAUUGUUACAGUAUGUGAACUGAAUCAGGCCGCAGUGAGAUCCAGCAGAAGUCUCAGUCAUGUACUCUGAGUGGCGGUCUUUACACCUGGUGGUCCAGAGUGAUCAGGGUCACCUGAGUGUGCUGCACAGUUACCCGGCAGGCGUGGGUCGUGAUGUGGCAAACGCGGUGGUGCGCCCCCUGGGGAACAGCCUUGGAGGUGCGCCGUCUGAGUGCCUCCUCAAGACUGACAAGGAGGUGAAAUGGACGAUGGAGGUGUUGUGUUAUGGACUGACACUCCCUCUGGAUGGAGACACAGUUAAGUUGUGUGUGGAUGUCUACACUGAUUGGAUAAUGGCCCUGGUGUCUCCCAGAGAUUCGAUACCUCAGCCAAUCAUCAAAGAGCCCAACCUGUACAUUCAGACCAUCCUCAAACACCUGCACAACCUUUUCCUGCCCAGGCCGGAGCACUUCAGUCUGAUGCACUUUAAGCUGUGUCAGCAGGUGUUGUCUGCAGUACAGAAACUGGCACGUGAUUCGUCAGGUAUGGCCAGAGAGACGUGGGAGGUGCUGCUCCUCUUCCUGCUCCGUAUCAAUGACACGCUGCUGGCUCCGCCCACUGUGGGAGGUGGUAUAGCGGAGAAGCUGGCAGAGAAGUUAAUCAGUGUGCUGUUUGAGGUUUGGUUUCUGGCCUGCACGCGCUGUUUCCCCACCCCGCCCUACUGGAAAACCGCCCGAGAGAUGCUGGCCAACUGGAGACAUCACCCUCCGGUGGUGGAGCAGUGGGGUAAAGUGAUCGCGGCUCUCACAUCCAGGCUGCUGCGGUUCAUGUAUGGCCCAUCGUUUCCUUUGUUUAAAGUGCCAGAAGAGGAUGCUACUCUCAUUCCAGCGGAGAUGGACAAUGACUGCGUUUCUCAGACGUGGUAUCGCUUUCUACACAUGCUCAGUAACCCGGUGGAUCUGAGUAAUCCAGUCAUAGUGAGCUCCACUCCAAAGUUUCAGGAGCAGUUACUGGGGGGCAACAGUGUUCCUCAUGAAGUCAUCCAGCACCCCUGCCUCAAACAACUGCCCCAGAUCUUCUUUAGAGCCAUGAGAGGAGUAAGCUGCCUCGUGGAUGCCUUCCUCGGUGUUGCCGUUUGUAAGACAACCGAGUGUUGUGAAACUCUGCCCUCUUAUGGUAUAUCCCGCCCCCGGUCAGACAGUGCUCCGCCCACCCCUGUUAAUAGACUCGGUAUGCCGACGCCCCCAACGACAACCAACACUACACCCCCUCACAACCGCAGACACCGCCCCACCGCUGUUACCAAGACAACCAGCAAAGCCUCAGUGACCGGUCAGACCAAAGUGUCGCACCAGCCGUCCUCCACCUCCCCUCUUUCCAGCCCAAACCAGACUAGCUCCGAGCCCAGACCGCUUCCUGCCCCGACCCGGCCAAAGGUCAACAGCGUGCUGAAUCUGUUCGGCCAGUGGCUGUUUGACUCUGCACUGGUCCACUGUAAACUCCACUCCGGCCUGAGCCGAGACAGCAGUAUGACGGCCCUGGCGACUCAAACUGGAGUUGAACUGAGACGUAAAGGGUCUCAGAUGUCAACAGAAACUAUGGUGUCCAACCCCAUGUUUGACGCUAAUGAGUUUCCUGAUAAUUAUGAGUCUGGUCGAGCUGAAGCCUGUGGAACCCUCUGCAGGAUCUUCUGCAGCAAGAAGACUGGAGAGGAGAUACUUCCUGUCUUCCUUUCCAGGUUCUACAUGGUUCUUAUUCAGGGUCUUCAGAUAUCAGACUUCAUCUGCAGGCCAGUUCUAGCCAGUAUCAUCCUGAACUCAUCGGCUCUGUUCUGCUCUGAUCUCAAAGGGAUUAAUGUUUUGGUCCCAUAUUUCAUAUCUGCACUGGAGACUAUACUCCCUGACCGAGAGUUGUCGAAGUUUAAGUCGUAUGUAAACCCCACUGAGCUGAGAAGAGCUUCCAUCCAUAUCCUGUUGUCCAUGCUUCCUCUGCCCCAUCACUUCGGCAACGUCAAAUCGGAGGUUCUCUUGGAGGGGAAAUUCAGCAAUGAUGAAAACUCGCUUCACGACAAGCCGGUCACCUUCCUUUCUCUGAAGCUGCGAUUGGUCAAUAUUCUGAUUGGCGCCUUGCAAACAGAGACAGACUCGAUCAAUACACAAAUGAUACUCGCUGCAAUGCUGAAUAUCGUACAGGAUUCUGCUUUGUUGGAGUCUGUUGGUGCUCAAGCUGAAGUGGUGAGUGCGGAUGGUCAUCCACUGGCUAAGAGUCACAGUCGCAAUAAUAGUGGCAUCAGCAAUGCCAGCGCUGGCAGCUCAGAGGCCACGACGCCAGACAGCGAGCGACCCGCCCAGGCCCUGCUGAGAGACUACGCUCUCCACACAGAUACGGCGGCUGGACUGCUCAUCCGAAGCAUUCACCUGCUCACACAGAGACUCAACUCGCAGUGGAGACUUGACAUGAGCAUUUCACUGGCCGCUCUCGAACUGCUCGCUGGACUCGCCAAGGUGAAGGUGAGUGUGGAGUCAUCAGAUCGUAAGCGUGCAGUGAGCUCCGUGUGCAGUUAUAUCGUGUAUCAGUGCAGUCGUCCCGCUCCGCUCCACUCCAGAGAUCUGCACUCCAUGAUCGUCGCUGCGUUUCACUGUCUGUGUGUGUGGCUCACAGAACACCCCGACAUGCUCAACGAGAAGGAUUGCCUGAUCGAGGUGUUGGAGAUCGUGGAGCUCGGCAUCUCGGGCAGCAAGUCCAAAACAGGCGAACAGGAAGUUAAGUAUAAAGGUGACAAAGAGCACAACCCGGCGUCGAUGAGGGUGAAAGAUGCAGCCGAGGCUACGUUAUCAUGUAUAAUGCAGGUAUUGGGGGCAUUCCCGUCUCCCAGUGGCCCCGCCUCCCCCUGCAGCCUGCUGAAUGAGGACACACUCAUUAAAUAUUCACGACUCACCUCCACGUCUCACAGUAACUUCAGAUAUUUCGUUCUGGAUAACUCCGUCAUACUUGCCAUGUUGGAGCAACCACUCGGAAAUGAACAGAAUCCCUGUCCGUCAGUCACCAUGUUAAUCAGAGGAAUGUCUGGUCGCCAUGCGUGGACGAUGCAGCUCUUUCAUCAGCCCAGAGGAGCAAGAGCCAAUCAGAAGGUAAGAACCAGCCGGCACCACCAAUCAGAACACAGAUGUACUUUCAGAAGCCAGUCAAAACCAGAUAAAAUGCAGGUGUUUGUGCCAGAAAGUCGACCCACUCCUAAAAACGACGUGGGAAUUCGAUUUAACGUGAAGCACAGACCGUUCCCAGAGGAAGUGGAUAAGAUUCCGUUUGUGAAAGCCGACCUGAGCAUCCCAGAUCUCCAUGACAUUGUGGAUAAAGAGCUGGAGCAGCAGCAUGAUAAGCUUCGAUCAGUGAUGGCUGAACAGAUGGAAUAUGAGCAGAAACUCGAGCAGCAGACAGAGGACUUAUGGAGGAACAAACCCUUCCCUGAUCCUCUGACGGACUGUAAACCUCCCGCACCCGCUCAGGAGUUCCAGACCGCUCGACUCUUCCUGUCACACUUCGGCUUCCUGUCACUAGAGGCACUCAAGGAGCCUGGUAACAGUAGACUCCCUCCUCACCUCAUUGCUCUCGACUCGUCUGUGUCAGGCUUUUUUGAUGACAUCGGCUAUCUGGACCUGUUACCAUCACGACCAUGUGACACUGUUUUCAUCUUCUACAUGAAAGCAGGACAGAAGAGCAGUCAAGAGAUCUUGAGAAACGUGGAGUCUUCAUCAAACGUACAGCCUCAUUUCCUGGAGUUGUUGUUGUCUCUGGGCUGGCCGGUGGAUGUUGGGCAGCAUCCUGGAUGGACGGGCAGUGUGUUCACCAGCUGGACCAUCAACACGACUAACGGCACUGAAACUCCAGAUGGUUGUGUGACUGUGGGUGACACCGGCGGUGGUGUGUUUAACGGAGAGAAGCGUGUUCUCUAUUACGCUGAUGCACUGACGGAAAUCGCCUUCGUCGUGCCUUCGCUAACGGACUCAUCCGCGGAGUCGUCAGAGAACAGUUUCCCGACCGCAGACUCUGACUCUCAGAUGGAGUUGUUACCCAGUUUGCUGAAACAGCCCAACCUCACACUCGAGCUCUUCCCUAAUCAUUCUGAUAACAUGGGACCGACACAACGGUCCCCCACAGUGAAAAGCAGGAAGUUGCCGACAGGCAGGACGAUACCUCCUUUAGGACCAGACACUAAAGUGCUGGUGGUGUGGGUCGAGCGAUACGAUGACAUUGAGAAUUUUCCAGUAUCAGAGUUACUGGCUGAGACGAGCACAGGUGUGGAGACAGCCGUCAACAGCAGCGCUGCCAGGUCCAGCUCUUCAGAGAAAGAUGUUCCAAUUAUAUUCAUCCAUCCACUGAAGACCGGACUGUUCCGAAUCAAACUACAUGGAGCGAUGGGCAAAUUCAACAUGGUGAUUCCACUAGUGGACAACAUGGUCAUUAGCAGGAGAUCACUUGGUUUCCUGGUGCGUCAGACGGUAAUAAACGCAUGUCGACGGAAGCGUCUAGAAAGCGACUCGUACAGCCCGCCACACGUGCGACGGAAACAGAAAAUCGCCGAAAUCGUGAACCGUUAUCGUAACAAACAACUCGAGCCGGAGUUUUACACCUCACUGUUUCUGGAGGUCAAUAAGAGCAGCCUCGACCCUUAAACAAACAUGCAAACAAAAGGGGAAUUCAUCAACAUCUGUUUUAAGGGUGCAGGAUUAAUUACGUUUUUUAUGUCAGUUGGCAAAAUACUUUAAGAAACUUUAACACUUUCAGUGCCCUCCUGAGAGGAUGUUUACUUGUCCGUAUCUUAAUAUGCAUUCUGUAUUCCUCCUAUCCUUAUUGGUUGAAUCUCACUCAAACAUGCCCAGGUGAUAUAUUACUAUUAAAUAUUAUUAUUAUUAAAAAUUCCAGUAGCAUUUUAUGCAUUCUGACACUAUUUUGAUGACAGUUAAGCACAUUCCCGCCGCCAAGAAUUACAUAAGUGCUUGCGGAGGUUUUUUACUUUAUUAUUUUUCGUACAUUUUUUUGUAAUUCUCAUUAAAUUCUCAUUUCUGUAAUACAGUAAUUUUAAACUGUAUCACCGUAAAAAAAAUACUGUAAAACAAAAUACGGCAUAAAUUAAACGCAGUACUAAUGCUACUAUGAUAUAUAUAAAUUCAAUACAUGUAUACAUUAAAUAAAUACAGUACAUUUAUUAGAUAAAUACAAUUUAAAUAACAUAUAUAAAAAAAGAUAUAUAUUAUUUCCACAUUACAUUCUUGCGAAAUUUGGGGAAAAUGUGCUUAAUUGUCAUAAAAAAUAACCUCAAUGCAAAAAAGUAUUUUCUUUUAAUUUGGGGGUGAAAUAUGAUCCAGACCUCUCAAUACUGUAAUUCAGAAUAAAUUGCAUUUUAUUUCAUCAUCUAUUAUUUUACACAUCAAGGACUGGGAUGGUGUGAACAUCCUCACAUGAAUCAUUUUCCUCUGAAAGCACUAUUACAAAUGAACACUAAUCUCCAUGUCUAAUGAUAUAAUGCCAGAAGCUUCCUUCCUCCAAACACACACAUAUAGUGUCUUUAUCACCCUCAGGUCACAUGUCUCAUGCUGUAUGUUUCACCUGGCCAUGUAAAUGAAAUGCACUCCAUGGCACGCUUGAUUACUGAAGCUUUUUUCUGGGAACUGGUUUAGAGACGAUGAGAAAUGUAUUCCUCCAAGGGAUUUUGAUGGUGAUUGUUAAUUGUCCAAAGCAGACGAACUACUGAGCUUUUUCCGAAUCAGUUUUAGCGAACAUUUUGGCCGUUAUUGGCUAGUCGCCAUAAGCUCCGUAAUGCUGCAUUACUUUCACUCGCAAUGCAUUUGACGUUAUUUAAGGGCUUUUCAUUUUCUUUUUUGUUUGAUUAUUUUAUUUUAUGUUCGAAAUAAUUUUCUGAAUAUACAUUUCUGCUGGUUGUCUGAAACACUGUUACACACAUUUUUUUCGCUCAGCAAUCACAUAUAUUAGUUUCAUAUUCUCUAGUUUUUUAAAAGUAAAGCACUAUGUAGGCAUAACAAGUAUGAAACGUUACUGUUUUGGUCCGCCAUGCUCAUAUACAGCCUGUAUUUAUUUUAUGUUCCUCUCUCAUAAAUCUCCUCUUUAUUUAGAAACACCUUUAUAUACAGUACAUUACAAUUCUUUUGUUAUAGAAAAAGGAAUUUUCAUCCAAGCACAACACAAGUUUUGAUCCGGUUAUUCGUAAUAACAAUCCAGGAAUAGAAUUCCACAUCAUUUCCCAUUUUUGUGGUCAGAAAGCUCAGAAGUUCUCUGAUAACACUGUUUUUGUAAGAAUCAAACUGUAAUGACCGACAUGCACCGUACAGGAUGUUCAUGUGGUCGGUUGCAGCGUCUCUUCCUCUUUACCAUGUGUAAAUAUUGACGGCAUGGACUUUGUAUAAAGUUUUACUUUCUAUGUAAAUAUGCGGGUGUGAAGGUCACUCACUUAUCUUAUUCUAUUGAUUAGGGACGGCACAACAAAUGAACGCUUGUUUGUAUUUAUCAUAUAUUGUGUCCAAAAGAAACAUUGGAUAUUGAAUGUAACACAUGUAAUGAAAUAAAGAUUUUAAUUAAAUUCUUAUCAUACAAUGAC